AUGGCAUCCCUCCGAGCCUUUAAUGCGGCGCGCCUGCUGCGCAGCGCCGCUCCCUUCCGAGUUUCCGCCCCGAUGACCGCUCGCCGAUUCGAGAGCCAGCUCGCACCCGGCACCACAGGAGUGCCCGCCGCGGUUCCCCCUUCCACUGAGCACAACGGGCCCGACUACACAAUUGCCGCCGAUAAGGCGACCUCCACCUUUACCCCCGUUCCCAAGAAGGUUCAGAACGGUAGCGAGGACGUUCCCUACCUCCAGGCCGCCGUUAUCUCGGGUGCCCCCAUGGAGCUCCAGGCCCGCACUGUCCGCAUCUACCAGGAGGCCAAGCCCGCGACGCAAUCCGGCAACUGGCAGGGCCACCACUGGCGCAUGGACUGGGAUAUCCUCCCCAAGGGCCACCGAUGGGAGAACCCCCUGAUGGGCUGGCAAUCAUCAGCAGACAUGAUGCAAGGUACCAAGCUCAACUUCAAGUCCAAGGAGGACGCCAUCCACUUCGCCGAGAAGCAGGGCUACGAGUACUUUGUGUCGGAGCCUCAGUCGAGGAGAAUCAAGCCGAAGGCCUACGCCAACAACUUCCUUUACUCGCCCAAGAAGCUCAAGCAUAUCCGCACCAAAUAG